UCCCCUAGGACUCACGCGCACUCAGCGCAAGCAGAAUUAACGGUUUCGCUAUUUAAAAAAAAUCAAAGCUCCUCAGCGCGAGACUGCGUAACGGUCGUUAGAUAGUUAACACGGUAAAUUAGUCUCAGAUUAUGUCGUUUAGUCGGUUUUUGUUGUAAAUUAAUACUUUGUUUUGGAUGUUUACAAUAAAAUUAUCAUUACCGGAGGCACUGAGAAGGUUUUUCGCCGAGUAAUUUCUGGUCAAGAUGAACAACACACUCGAAAACGACUCCGAAUAUAACAACGGAACCGAGGAAGAGGUUCGGACUCUGUUCGUCAGCGGGUUGCCUUUGGAUAUCAAACCACGCGAGCUUUAUCUGCUGUUCAGGCCGUUUAAGGGUUAUGAAGGCUCACUGAUCAAACUUACCUCAAAACAGCCAGUGGGUUUUGUGAGCUUCGACAGCAGAUCAGAGGCAGAAGCUGCCAAGAACGCCCUCAACGGAGUUCGCUUCGACCCAGAGAUUCCUCAGACCUUACGGCUGGAGUUUGCCAAAGCCAACACCAAGAUGGCCAAGAACAAACUGGUGGGGACGCCCAACCCUCCUCCUUCUCAGCAGAGCCCCGGGCCUCCCUUCAUUAGCCGGGAUGCAUAUGAGCUCACAGUUCCUGGUCUGUAUCCUAGCAACCCUGAUGUGUGGGCAUCAUACCCGCUGUACCCCGCUGAUCUAUCUCACACCCUUACGCCAGCUUUCACCUACCCCUCCUCUCUUCAUGCUCAGUUCCGUUGGCUCCCUCCAGCAGAUGCUCAGGGCUGGAAAUCCAGGCAGUUCUGCUGAAAUAUGUGUUCCCUAUGUGUGAUGGUGGCAAUGGAUGGCCUUGGUCAGGCUGCAAACCUUUCUUUCUGCCCUCCCCAAACCCUCCUCUCCCCUCUUUCUGCAGUUUUUUCUCUUCAUUGUUUUCUGUUUGAAUCCAAAGCAAACCAGGCGCCUCCAGGUCUCCGUUGUUCAGUCAGAGAGCACAGGUCACCACCACUUUUCCUGGGUUCAAAGUGCAAAUCAAGACCAGCCCUGCCUCCAUCACACACGCCCCUCUCUCCCUCUUCUCUGUUUCAUCACUAACACUUUAAUAGAAGGAGUGCUGGGUCCUGGGAUCUGAUGUGUAUGAUGUUUUUUCUUAUUAAAUUACAUGUAUUGGUUUAAUAGGAUUAUUGAUAAAAACACCAAAUGCUGCAGUAAGACAGAUUUAA